AUGCUGUGUGCUUUAGGCGUUUCUGGUAUCGCGUUUUGUGUCGUGGAAGGCCGAUAUGCCAAAAUGCCGAUCGCACCUGGAAGACUAUUCGUGAGAUGGGGUUGGAGAAACGUUCCGAUCAUGAUGAUAACCAGAACUCUUCUUUUCUUCCAUAAUUUUGCAAUGAUUUUCUACAUUCCUAUUUUCCUACAAGUUAUUGGCCUUUCAACAGUCAUUUCUUCUGCGCUUAUCAUUCCCUUCCUCGCUAUGGCGGCAAUAUCCAGUUCAGCAGUAAAUGCGACUGCGUCCAAAUAUGGAUAUGUGAGGACAAUGUGCACCUGUGGAAUUGCUAUCAUUCCAAUUGGAAUGGGUUUGAUGUCCACGUUAAACGAAAAGAGCACCAUCGGGAGGAUCGUAGGGUAUUCAUUGAUAUCGGGGCUGGGCUUUGGAUCUGCAACACAAAUAACGAUGGUUAUUGCGCAAGUCGGCUUACCCGCAGAUGAGUUAUCUACAGUGACGGCCCUAGUAGGGGCUGCUCCGACGCUAGGUGGGACGCUGGGCGUUGCUGUUGUUGGUACCGUUAUCAACAACGCCUAUCAACAAACCGUACGAAGUGCCAACUCCACUAUUUCACUUAACCCCUCCGACGUAAUCUCAAGCAUAUCUUCGCUGGCACCAGAGAAUCCUGUGCGCAAUGUUCUUAUUAAUGCGUAUGUGUCUGCAUGGAAAAAGGGAUGUUAUACUCUUGUGGGAGUGGCGAUAAUGCAGCUUGUGCUUUGUGCGAUGAUGCGAAGAGUAGAUUUCGAUUCUGCUUUAAAGAAGGAAGAAGGACAACUUGAAGAAAACCGGCAAAAUGUGGCCGAGGAGGACAUAAAGAUAGCGGGAUGA